GUUCGGAACAGCGAAUAUAAUCCUGUUUAAGAAUGAACUAUUGGUCAGUCGUAAGUGUAAGCUACUUGCUGACACAUUCCACUAGUGCUGUUUUACACUUAUGAGAGGGAAGAUUUAGAUUUACUAGCAAAAACAGUGGGCACACCUCUACAGAAUACAAGGCUUAGUAGCCUAAUGGAAGCGAAUGGCCAGUCGUAGGCAGAAACUACAGCAGCAAACAUAACUACAUUUAUGCAGGCUCGCGAUGACAUAGAAAGACUGCAGUCUGUUAAACUAAGACGACGUUUAUUAUAGAAAAGAGCCUCUAAUCCUUUCCUACCCUCGUUACGACUUUCUAGUGUGUUUGUGGAGCGCUGGAGGGGUUAUUUUGUGGUUGAGCCCUCCCACUUUUUGGUCGCCUGUACGGUGAGGUAGGCUAGUGAUCGAAGCAGGAAGGAAAGCGAGGCAUUGAAUGCUAACAAGGGGAGUGAAUGUUCAAGCAGUUCUUAGGUGGGGGUUUAACAUCAAGCAAUGGAGAAGUACAAUUAACCUGGUAUGUGCCAGAUCACAGUAUACGUUGAGCGCCAUCAUCAUCAUCAUCGGCACAACCAUCUUCAUCUUUUCAGUUGAGAGUGAAAUGUAUCGAGCCUGCAUGGGAUCCAGAUACUGACAAUGGAAAUAGAAAAUAUCGUGGCCAACACUGUGCUACUGAAAGCCAGAGAAGGUGGCGGAGGAAAGCGCAACGGCCGGAGCAAGAAAUGGAAGGAGAUGCUGAGGCUGCCGCACAUCAGCCUGUGUGAGGAGCUGAGGCAGACCGUAGAGCGGGACUACUUCAGCCUGUGCGAGAAGCAGCCCAUUGGACGGCUCCUCUUCCGACAGUUCUGUGACACACGGCCGGAGCUGAGGCGUUGCAUCGAGUUCCUAGACGCUGUGGCGGCGUACGAGGUGGCGCCGGACGAGAAGAGAAGGGCGUACGGACUGAACGUUUUGGACACGUACUUUAAUAACGGGUCUGCAGCCCAUUUACCAGAAAUACCUCAGGAAGUAGUCACCGAUUGCAGGGAGAAACUGGAGCAGAGUCCCUGCAAGGAGCUCUUCAAGGAGUGCGCCAGAAUUGUUCGGGAAUAUCUUAGUGGCGUACCGUUCUCCUGCUAUCAAGAAACAAUGUAUUUCUCUCGGUUCUUGCAGUGGAAGUGGCUGGAGAGGCAACCUGUAACCAAAAAUACCUUCAGACAUUACAGAGUACUAGGAAAAGGUGGAUUUGGAGAGGUUUGUGCCUGUCAAGUCCGGGCCACUGGUAAGAUGUACGCCUGUAAAAAGCUGGAAAAGAAAAGGGUGAAGAAGAGAAAAGGUGAAGCAAUGGCAUUAAACGAAAAGCGCAUUUUAGAAAAAGUUAACAGUAGUUUUGUAGUUUGUUUAGCCUACGCCUAUGAAACCAAGGAUGCCCUUUGUCUAGUUUUAACGAUAAUGAACGGCGGGGAUUUGAAGUUCCACAUUUACAACAUGGGAAACUCGGGCUUCGACGAGCAGCGAGCCAUUUUCUACGCGGCUGAGAUCUGCUGUGGGCUGGAGGACCUUCACCGGGAGAGGAUCGUGUACAGGGACCUGAAACCUGAAAAUAUCCUUUUGGACGACCGUGGGCACAUCCGAAUCUCUGACCUGGGGCUGGCGGUCCAGAUCCCGGAGGGGGAGACGAUACGAGGGAGGGUGGGCACGGUUGGGUACAUGGCUCCCGAGGUGAUCCAGAACGAGAGCUACACCUUCAGCCUGGACUGGUGGGGUCUGGGCUGCCUGAUCUUCGAGAUGAUCCAGGGCCAGUCCCCCUUCCGCAGGCGCAAGGAGCGCGUGAAGCGGGAGGAGGUGGACCGCCGCGUGCGCGAGGACCAGGAGGAGUACUCCGACAAGUUCUCGGAGGAGGCCAAGGACAUCUGCCGAAUGCUAUUGGCCAAAGACCCGAAGUUGAGGCUGGGGUGUCAGGGUCGAGGCGCGGCCGAGGUGAAGCAGCACCGUAUCUUUAAGAACAUCAACUUCAAGAGGCUGGAAGCCAACAUGCUGGACCCGCCCUUCAUCCCCGAUCCACGGGCAGUCUAUUGCAAAGACGUCCUGGACAUUGAACAGUUCUCUACUGUCAAAGGAGUCAAUCUGGAUCCCACGGAUGAUGACUUCUACCACAAAUUUGUCACAGGAAGUGUCUCCAUCCCCUGGCAAAAUGAGAUGAUCGAGAUGGAGUGCUUCAAAGAGAUCAACGUGUAUGAGACGGACGGCGCCUUGUGUUCGGACCUGGAUGUAAAUAGACCCAACCCCCCGCCAAAGAGAGGGUUCUUCUACAGGCUCUUUCGGAGAGAGGUCUGUUUUAAGAGUGGCUAUAGUGACGAGGAAGAGGGGCCCUCCCGAAUUUAAACCACUCUGUCCGCCAAACAUCGCAAUUCCUAACAAAAUGAAUGUUUCACUGUAUUUAUGAAUUGUAUUAAAAGUGUAUUAUAAUUAAAGAAAAAAAUGUAUGAGUUUAAAUAUUUUGUACAUUUUUACUUGAAUUAUGUCUAGAUGUAUAUUUUCACUAAAGGUUGUAUUGUACAAAAAGCCAUAUAAAGUACCACUUGAAUGCAUACAUAUUUUUUCUCCUUCAGAAUGAGUGUAAAAAAAUGUGUAUUUAAGGAUUUUUUAAAGAAGCACAGUAUGGUAACUGUAAUCUUAUUUUUUAAAUGUAGCGUAGGGCAUCAUGUCUUUGUCUUGUUUCAUAUUUUUUUGCAGACAUAGCAUUAGUACAUCAUACAUACAGCUGCAAGACCUGCUAACAAACUUUUCUGACAACCUUAAAGAGUUCUAUUUAAGGCACCCCCAAUAGUCUUAAGAGUCAGAGAAGAGCAGGAUGAUUUGACUGUCGAUUCCCCUGGCCAGGUCUGAAUUGUCUUUCACUGCUGAGUGUUUUCUUAGCAGGUGAAAACCCUAUUUUUGUUUUGGCAUGAAACAACGACAUCACAAUGUCACCCACUUCCUAUAUAAGCACACUGUUUUGAACCCUUGAAACAUGAAUAAACGUGUAUAUGUUUGACCCCUGGUCAUUACUGGAGAGAGACAGAAUUAUAAGAAACUCGCUGAUGUUUCAGAGGGAAGACCUUUAUCCAACAACCAUUGGAAAGUUUAGUUUUAUUGUUAUUAACAAGGUCAUUAAAUUGUCUGUUACAUUUUCUUUUAGUGGAGUUGAUUUCAUGUGCUUGCGGACACGUCCGACUUUGUCACGCAUUGUCAUGUGAACUGUUUAAAUGAUGGCUUUUGUGUUGAAAGGAGGAGUGUUUAUUUGCUCAAUUUCCACCAGAAAUAUAAUCUCUUUAAAAAACCCAGGACAUGUGUAACGCUCAGUUAGGUAGACAAAAGGGCAUUCUCUCACCAAGCUAAAAACAUGAGCUUCCUCUGUCACAUUUUUUAAGUUCAUUAAUAGUAUUUACUAUUUUCCAUUAGUGUGUGUGCUAUAGGUCUUUAGAUGAAAAUGUCUCUUGCAAGAAAAUUUUAAACCAAGUGUUGGAAGCAAAUGCUCUGACAGGUUAAUAUAUAAAUAACAUUCCAGUCUGUUGUGUGAAGUUUAGAGGUAAGAUUUGGGAUAUACUGGUGCCUAGAUUUCCCUUCAUACAUUUCAGUGAGUGACUUGCCUUAAUAUAAUGGAACAGAACCUUAUUCAUACACAUUUAUCCUGUACAAUAUUCACAGUUGACAAGGGCCAGAGAGUAGAUAUGACAACAAAAAUGAUACAACUGGCUGCACUUUUCCCCCCGUUGGAACAGUUAAAAUGAUUUCAGAGACAUCAACACAGACAUAUUUUGAAACUACGUGUAAUUCUGAAUGGGGUUUUGGAAUUUCAGUGGUUUCACGUCACCGUACAUUACGUAGUACAUGUGAACCCAUUUUGCCGCUUAGCAUGUUUCCUGCGCGGGGCCAUUUUGUUUGUUGUAACAAUGGGAGGAGCCACUGGGCCACAUUCCCAUUGGAUGUCACGCAGAAGUGGCUUUACGCUGAUGUUCAUGAGCUUGAUGCUUUAUUUCUGAAUGCAGAUCUGAUGCUAACCCCCAACAGAAGUUCAUAUUCCCUGUUGGUUGUAGUGUAAUUUCUAUAUUUUCUCCUCUGUAAUUUGUAUCUACUAUAUUAAGACUGGGGGGAAUUAUAUUGUGAAAACCCCACAUUGGAUAUGUUAAAAAGUCACAGUUUUUUAUUUCUGCAGUGAGUCUGAGUUGUAGAAGAAACUUGAGGUCACCUGAACUAAAGUAAUAGACUCCUGAAAAUAUGCAUCUUCCAACAUUGUGAUAUUAAAACUUAAUUUAAUAUCAAAAUGUUUGUUUUUCUGUCCAUGCUAUUCAUGUUGAAGAUUAAUUUUCAUUUUCUGUCUCUUCCUCCCUUGUUCUGCAUUCUCUUAAGUGGACACUGUAUCCUGUCAGUCUGUUUUAAUGGAUAAAUAAUGCUCCGUAGAGAAGUGUGGCACUGUACUGUGCAGUGUCUGUUCAAUUGAACUAUUUCCAUUUGUGGUAAAUUGACAGAAAGACCUAUUCUGAUACUUUGUCAAGAGGCCAUUUGAAUGCCUUGUCAUAUUUGUAAAUCCCUUGUUGACUGUAACUUUACUAUAACAAAACUUCAAAUAACAGAAACCACAGUGUUGUGUAACUUGCACUUUGUUAUACCAGGGUAAACUAUGUUGACAGGAAAACUGAUUUUCACAGUGUGGCUGAGAGUGAAUUGAUGAAAGCAGAUACUGCUAAUAUUAUUUUAUAUUUUGGAGUGCUACCAAGUUGACAUUAAUUUUCAUUUUUUUUAUUUUAUUUUAUGGAAAAUAUUGACCCAUAGAAUGCACAUGAAAUACUAUUGCUUAAAUCUGUUGAUGUAAGCUUUCUUUCCUUUUUUAGAACUGUGAAUAGCAUGAUGCAUUAUAUGUGCCAUGUUAGUAUGCCUUUAGCAAAUAACGGUAUUUGAUAUUCGCCGGGUUCAAGAAGCACCUACAGUACAUUGGCAGAUGAGAAUUUGUCUCUGAAAAGAAGAGACGCAUUAGUCUUUCCCCCCACUGGUCCCAUGCAGAAGCAACCCCCUAUCACCCCUGGGAAUGAAGAACAUUGGAUAGCUUGCAAUCAGGCUCACAAAAAAAAUUAACAGCACUUCUAGCAGUAAAGGUUACCUCUUCAUUCUUUGUCACUAAGGCAUUAAGGACUUUAGUGACAAAUGAAGGUUCUAUGAAACAAAAUGGACUCCCAUGCUUUGGAAUUGUAUUGCAUGGCCCUGCUUUGCCUUAAGGCCCUUGUCUUACUUCCUUUUUAACCAGUGAUUGUUAUGAAUAUGUUGGUCCGGAAUUAACGAGUGUGGAAGGUGGGGUGGGGUCAGGGGUCGUCUAAUGAUUGGGUGUUGUGUACAUCUGUGAAACUUGUCCUCACAUAAAGAUAAAGAUCGAUUCCCUUGUAAGAGUGCAAAUUUGCCAAAGUAAAUGGCGUUCGUGAAAGUUCUGGCUUGCGGUGCUCUGCUCUGCUCUCAAAGCUUCGCUGAAGAGAUCGCUUUUCGUGCUGAGAGAGGCUGGGCAGAGACAGUCAUCUUUCUGCGGUAAACAUCAUUACGUAACAUGAGAACCACAGUUGAAGCUCGCUGUUAGGGCUUGCUUAGAUUUCUGUACAUUGUGUGGUGUUGUGAACACUGUUGCCUUUUCUUUUUUUGCUGAGAACUUAAGUGUUUUCUAUUCAGGGGUGCCCAAGUCCUGCCUUUCUCACUAUUGUUUGUUUCUUCUCUCCAUCUCAGAUGCAUUUGUGUGAAAUCUGUUAUUACAAAUAUUUGGAUUUGUCAUUUGAUACAUUCGCUUUUCCAGUGUAGUUUUUAAAUUUUUAUUAUUUUAUUUAAAAGCUGUUUAAAGCUUUUUUUUUGUCAGGCAGGAUGAGAACACCCCUUUUCAGUUAGGGCUACGCUUUCCCGCCUAUUUUCUGCAGCUAAACACAACUUAUUGAACUGAUGUGGGUUCCUCCUGGUGGCUGUAAGAGCUGAGAUGGGUUUCUUGCACUAUGGUGAUUGCAAGUGGAAUAGGAGGCGUUGCAGGACUCAUUGGUCAUAAUGUGAAAUGAAGCAUUCAAAAGGGAAACAGCUGUGGCUAAUGAAGGCUGUUCCUAUGUGACUUACAGUAGAAAGACUUUACCUGAGUCCCAGUGACCAGACCUCUACUGAUUUAUUUGUUUUUAAAUAUUGGUUUGAAUUGGAGAAAGAAAAGAUUAGUGGGCGAAUGGAACCAACCACAUUCAGUGUUCGUAUUUAGCUGGCAAGGAAAUACCUUUAUCAGUUUGAAUGUUUGCACAAAGUGCAUUUUAAUGCCUGUUUUAAAAAUGUUUUCCUAAUCAAGCAUGUGUUGGUAGUAACUUUCAGGUUUCUUGUUUGUAAAUUAUAUUCUGGUGCCAACAGAUCAGAAAUAUUGGAUGCCGCCUUUAUUAAUGCAAGGUGACCAAUUUUGUAGUUGUACAGUCAUGUCUUUCGACCACUGCAGUCAAUGUAAUUCUUGUACAAGUUCUAUCACUGGGUGUUGUACCAUAUGACAUUUGUAAUUAUGAAAUAAAACACUGCCGUUUGUAUAAA